AUGCACUACCAGCUGUCAGAAGUCAGUAUCAGCGAUGCCGAGGCGUUGGUCCGUCAGUGCCAAUUCCCGGCAAUGCGACAAGACCCUCUGCGAAAGAUCAUGUUUCCAAAAUCGAACGGGGAAAAGGAAGAAGAAGAAGAAAUAAAGUGGACAAUUGAAGGUCUUGAGGAGAGCUUGGAGAACAAAUCAUGCUAUUUCCGACAAGUGACUUACGGCUCGAAUUGCGUCGGCUUUGCUAUCUGGACUCUAGAGUCAAGCGGUGAUGGAGCGACGAGGAGGCAGAAGUCGAAGCCGACUCCACUUGAAAAGCGCGAGUCCUGGAAUCCCGCAGGACUGGAUGUUGAAGCUUGGAAUAAAGUCUCGAUGCGUCUGAGAGAGGAGCGUCAAAGGGUGUUGCUUGAUCAACAAAAGAUAUGGAGGCUCAAUACGAUAUCGGUGGCGCCAGAGCAUCAAGGAAACGGUGUUGGAAGUAUGCUUGUACGCUGGGGUUGCGACAUGGCGGACAAAAAUGUCCUGAAUUGCUUUGUUAUGGCAUCUCCCGGAGGACUUGCCUUGUAUAAUAAAUUCGACUUUCUAGUCACAGGAGAGACCAAAAAGGCCGAUGGAGUGUGCUGGAUAGCGGUUGUUGAUUAA